UCAGCAACUUCAGCCCAGCUUAUAUAAAGCUCAAAAGGUUUUACAUCUGCUUUAACCCUUUGACUUUGUGGAGCUCCCAUCAUAAAACACACUUUGACACCAGACUGACCAAGUGUGUCUGUACUAGGACCUCAUGUGACACCGAAGCUUGUAUGAAUUUAAGAUGGGAGAGAAGCCUGGCUUCUGAUAAGAUGGGCUUUCUCUGCCAUCGACCGGACCAGGUCCCUGUGCUUCUGUGGCUGCUGCUGCUGAUCCUGGCUCCCGGACGAGAGCAAUCAGGAACACUUCCAAAAGCUUUUCUUCUCCUUGAACCUCCAUGGUCCAGAACCUUCAAGGGAGAAAAAGUGAAACUCACCUGCAAGGAUGACCAUUCUUGGGUCCAGGGAUAUGUAUCUUGGUAUAACAAUGGGAUUUCCUUGGGAAGUAGACCUGGAACAAUCCAAAUAGACAAGUCUGGAUAUUACACAUGCAAGACCCCAAGAUCUUCCUUAAGUGACCCUGUGCAUGUGGAAUUUUUAUCUGACUGGCUGAUCCUCCAGGCCUCACACCCUGUCUUUGAAGGAGAUGAUGUAACUCUGAGAUGCCUGGGGAAGAAAGAAAAAAAAACUUAUGAAAAGACUUUCUACAAAAAUAAAGAAGAAAUGAGACAUCAUUCUCAGUCAGAGGUCACAAUACAUUCAGUCUCCAUGGACAAUAACGAAUAUCAUUGUACUGCUUCUGGGGAAUCUGUUUUGGGCUCAUGGACAGAAACUUCAAAAGCUUUAAAGAUCCAAGUUCAAGAGCUGUUUCCACAACCUGUGUUGAGAGCCAGACCUUCCCAGCCCACUGAGGGAAACCCAGUGAACCUGAAAUGUGAGACCUGGCUCCCUCCACCAAGGUCAUACAUUUGGCUUCGAUUCUGUUUCUUCAGAGAAGAUAAGGUCCUGGAACCUGGUUGGAGCAACUCCUCAGAGCUCCAGAUCCCCACCAUGUGGAGUGAAGACUCAGAGUCCUACUGGUGCCAGGCAAAGACAGCGACUCCCCAUAUCAUUAAACAAAGCCUGCGAUCCCAGAUACAUGUACAGCGGAUCCCUGUGUCUGAUGUGAAUCUAGAGAUCCAGCCCCCUGGGGACCAGCUGAUUGAAGGAGGAGAUAUGGUCCUUAUCUGCUCAGUAGCCAAGGGUACAGGGACUAUCGCAUUUUCCUGGCACCGGGAGGGCACAAAGAGAAGUUUGGGCAGGAAGAUGGUGCGUGCCCUGUCAGCAGAGUUGCGGAUAGCUGCAGUGAGGGAGCAGGACGCUGGGAGGUACUACUGCUCAGCCGACAAUAUUCAAGGCCCCAUCCUCAGUAAACGGAUCAGAGUCACACCAAGAAUUCCAGCGUCCCACCCCAUCCUCACUGUCAAGACACCCAGAGCCCUGGCCGUGGUGGGGGACGUGGUGGAGCUUCGCUGUGAGGCCCAGAGGGGCUCUCCCCCGAUCCUGUACCGGUAUUACCAUGAGGACGUCAUCCUGGGGACCAAUUCGGCCCCCUCUGGAGGAGGAGCCUCCUUCAACCUCUCUCUGACAGCAGAACAUUCUGGAAACUAUGCCUGUGAAGCUGACAACAGCCUGAGGGCCCAGCGCAGCGAGGCAGUGACGCUCAGUGUCACAGUUCCAGUGUCUCGCCCUGUCCUCACCUUCAACCCUGCCGGGCCCCAGGCUGUGGUGGGAGAUUUGUUAGAACUUCGCUGUGAGGUCCAGAGAGGCUCUCCCCCAAUCUUAUACUGGUUUUAUCAUGAAGAUGUCAUCCUGGGGAACAUAUCGGCUCCCUCUGGAGGAGGAGCAUCUUUUAAUCUCUCUCUGACCACAGAACAUUCUGGAAACUACUCCUGUGGGGCUGACAAUGGCCUGGGGGUCCAGAGAAGUUACAUGGUGACACUCAACUUCACAGGUCAAAAAGACUUGCCACCAGAACUCAAAUACAGGUCUUCCCAUUUAGGGCUUUCCACAAGCAAAGUAAUCCAUAUCACUGUGGGCUUCAUUGGGUGCCUGCUAAGUGUGUCCGGCCUUGCUGCUACUGCUUAUUUGGUGAGUUACUUCAGGACCCAAAGGAAAUCAGGAAGACUUCCUGCCACUGGAACACCCAGUUACAGUCCCAAGGAGCAUCAGGAGCCUUCCUGGUCUGGACCCUGCUCCACAGACCCCCACACGCCCCCCCACUCUGAGCCACCAGCCGUGAUGGAGCCGCAGCCAGUGUACAGCAAUGUGAAUCCUGGAGAUGACAACCUGGUGUAUUCCCAGAUCUGGAGCAGCCAGCAAACAAAGGGGAAUCCAGCACGUUCACCAAGGACACAUCGGAGGAAUGAGGAACCUGCAGUCAUCUAUUCGGAGCUGAAGAAGGCACAACCAGAAGACACUGCAGGGCAGGCCCAUGAAGAUCCUGCAGAAAACUAUGAGAAUCUCCCAUGUGCACCAUCAGCUCUGGACCACUAGCCCCCUACCCAGAGGGGCCCUCGAAGACCCUGGGAGCAUCUGAUACCUUCCCCCUGUUCUCCACAAGCAUGCUUCUCCUUCCAUCCAGCAGACUGGGUGAAGGUCCCUGUCCCCCCCUCCCCCACCCCCCGCACCUGAGUCUGCAUGUUCUCUGGGAACAGAAUGGGCAGCAUUUUGGUAAACACCGCAUUUCUACACAGUAGAGACGCAUGAAAGCGGGCAGGUGGGCCUUCCCCUCUCAUGUCCAUGGAACAAGGAGGAAGGGCGAGUGGUCUAGCCAGGAUCACAAGAGUGCUAUCACUACCAUGUGCUCCGAGUGCCGAAAGCUUUGACCGCAUCAUUUCUGCAUGAACAAUUGAAACACUUUGUUUCCUCUUCUAGAUGGACAGGUGGUAAGUGACUGGUGAUGAUGAUACUAAUGAAGAAGAUGACUACAGAUACAGGACACACACCAAUCUGCUCAGAAUUGGGGGCCAUCACCAGUCUUCCUCUCCCCCAGAUCAAACUCUCCCAUACCUGGUGCAGUCAAGCUCCAUGGUUUGGUUGUUCAGCACCCACUAUUUGGAGGCUCCAGGGAUCAGCACCAACCCUGGAGGCCCAGGAGAGCCGGUGACUCUCAGGACUCAGAUGGCAAAGCCUCGUGUCUCUGGGAGCCCACGUGGCCUGAGCCAGCAGAGGAGGGAGCAACGCAGGCAGUCAGUGGGCCUAUGGGACAGACCCCUCCCAUUGCCCACCGAUUCCCAAAUAAUUCAAGAACUAAGCUUCCACCACGGGAGAAAGCAUUUAAAAAGCAGGCCAUCUGUUCCUAGGUCUCCAGAAAAGCGGCAGAGUUGCUUGGAGUGGCUUUUAUUUACGUGAAUAAGGGAUUUGUCACCUGGGGUGAGACUGAACUUUCGAUCGCUGUAAAAACGAUAGGCCGUCGCCAGCUGGUGCCUUCACUGAGGACUGGUGUGCUUCGGCUGAUACACGCCAUGGACAACGUUGAUUUUACACCUACCUACCCUGUUUAGGACUUCAAGUAAAUAACACAGCAAGGCUUUGCAAACCUUUGGAAUAGCAAGAUAAAAAGAACAAAGUGUGUUUCAAAGAUUAUUCCUUUCCCUGUGGAUGUCAGAAUCCUGGGUAAGGGGAAGUGCAACAUACAGCAAAGCUUAAUCCAAUUUGAGGUGUUAAUCUUAGCCUCAUGAGCUUGGCUGGCAAGCUAAUUGGCUGAGGGGGUGGGGGAGUGUUGUCCUUCCUAAAGAGGGAAUAUUUAUUUUUGUUAUGAAAGAGUGACUUCUAUGUCUUGUUUCCAUAUUAACAGGUACAAAAUGUUCUCCAGAAUGUACACCUGGCCUUUAGAGACAGCAAAAAAUCCAGGUGUAAUCUGUGUUUAUGCUUAAAUUUGGCCCCAAAUGCCUCCCAACUUUGGGUUCCAGGAAGAAUAGAGCCUUAUAGGGGGGAGAGGGACAUGCCACAAGGUCCCAGCUGUGGGAAACCCAUCUAAAAGAGUGGUGACAAAAGGCAAAGUCCCCAAGGGAGAGAAGCAGCAUCAAGGCAGCAUCCCAGGGCCAGUAAGAGUCAUUCUGCAGGAGGGCAUGUCAGACACCAGGAUGGCAGCCUCUCACGUGGGCAAGGUCCAUGAUGCCAGUGAAAGAUGGGGACAGCAAGGGGCUCUCUGGUGCUCAGAACAGUUCUGAUGGGGUGCAGACCCUCUUCCCAGCAGCAAAGGAGAGGCUAAGGAAGAAUUGGGAAAAUAUCCAAGAGGACGUCAUGUUUCCAGCUAGUCAGGAAGGUAACAUUUAAGACCUCAAGAUUUAAGACAUGACUAUAAUUUCUUUCUUUACAUUAUAUUUAUUUAUAUAUUUACAAAUGUCUGGAAGGACAAUUUAAACACAAUAAAUCACAUAUAUCUGAAGUAUACCAUUUCAUGUUUUGGCAGAUAAGAAACCAAGAAAAUAAGAAACCACCACAAUCAAGAUCCCAAACAUCUCCUUCAUUCCCCAGUGUUCUCCUGUCCUGAGGAACACAUUUUUCCCUCCACACCAUCUCCUGCCAUCACCAGAUGUUUUCUGUCACUAUAGAUUAGGGUGUAUUUUCUAAAGUUUUAUGUAAAUAGCACCAUACAGCAUAUACUCUUUUGUGCCUGGCGCCACUCACUAAGCAGAAGAAUUUGAGACUCAUUCACAUUGUUUCAAAUAGCCACAACAUAGUCCUUUCUAUUGCUAAAUAAUAUUCCAUUGGAUGUGCUAUAUUUUUAUUAUCCAUCUAUCUGUAAAUGGAUAUUUACAUUGUUUCAUUUAUCAUUAAUUGAAAUAAAAUUACUAUGAAAAUUCACAUACAAGUGUUUGUGUGGA